AUGCUGAUUGGCCACGCGCUAUCGCGUGGGAAUGCGGAGAGCGGACGGAUGGGGAUAGUGGGGCAUGCUGCUGCCGUGGUUUCUGUUGGCUACCGCGGGCUUGAGAUGGGCAAGUCGCCGCGCUGGCAAGGCUGGGCGAUGCCUUGGCCCUUGGGCAAGAUGGUCAGCAGAAGGAAAUCAGCAGCAAGGAACAACCUGAUCGAAGAGAAGCCAAGUCGGUCGGAUGAACAAGCAGGAUGGGAUCGUCCCGCUCUGACAGGCUCACGAGAUGACUUGCGUGGCGUGGCUCGUGAAGUUCCCCACCGAGGAGGGUGA